AUGGCUCAUUUUUACGAUGAUGAGAGUGCCGAAAUUAAUCAAGACAGAAAAUCAAAAGAAAAGGAAGACUCAAGUGUCAGUAUUGGUGAGGAUGACUCAGAUAAAAAAGACAUGAGUAAAGAAAAGCAUGACAAAGCUGAAAUCUCAGAUAGCAGCGACAGCGAUGAUAUGGAUGAUACAGCUAGACUGCAUAGUACUAGAGGACUAAAAGCCGAAGAAUUUGAGCCGGAAGGUACCGUGGUUUUGUUUCUAUCAUAG